AUGGAGAUGCAACUGUUUCUAAGAGAGAGGUUGAAAAGGAUUAAUUUCUCCCACGGAAGGGAUUGGCAUCCACUGACGUUCGUAGAAGAGCUGAAAAUUGAUGGCAAGGAACAAGUUGUAUGUACAAAGUGCAAUGAGUCGGCCGUAGUGGGUCCCACUUUCAAAUGCAAUGCCUGCCCGUACCUCCGUCAUGUUUCAUGCUACGACAAGUCAACCUUUAAAUUUCACUUUGGUCGUAGGCACGAUAAUGAUCAGUUGAUGUUCACAGAAGAGCUAAAAAAUGAUGAUGGCAAGGAGGGAGUUGUUUGCAUGGCAUGCGACGAGCAAGUAAAGGGUCCUGGAUACAAAUGCUCCACCUCCGAAUGCAACUUCCGACUUCACAAAUCAUGCGCCCAGUUGCCCCGCCAAAUACAGUGCCACCCCUCACACCCAAACCACAUCCUUAUUCUUAGGCACCCAAGGAUAGCUUCCAGUAUUUGUAAUGCUUGCGAAAUCUUGAAACAUGAAGGUCACCAACACUCCCUUUCCCUUCCUAUAAGUUCUAACAAAAAUUGCAAUGCUUGUGAUCACAGUCACACGUAUUCCAAGAACACUCAGGUAUUUGUAUGCACUACUUGUGAUUUUGCAUUGGGUUUUGAAUGUGCAACACUUCCGCUUGUAGCUAGGCACAAAAAUGAUGAGCAUCCCCUUGCACUUACCUAUGCUGCUGAAAACAAUUCUGGAGAAUAUUAUUGUCAGAUUUGCGAAAAAGAAAGGGAUUCAAAUCACUGGUUUUAUUAUUGUGUAAAAUAUGACUUUCCUGCUCAUCUCCAAUGCGUUCUAGGGAAAUAUCCAUACAUUAAGUUUGGAAGAAGUUACAAAAGUGAAGAUCACCAGCACUCUGUCACUUUUGUUCGAAAGACUAAGGACUCCCCUCCAUGUGAUGCAUGCGGCAAAACCUUCAAUGGCAUGGCCAUAGAAUGCAAUCAAUGCAUGUUCAACGUCCACUACUGGGAAGAUGAGUGUUUGCUGAAAUAUAAGUAA